AUGGACAAGGCACCAUUCUCUAGCAACGAAGGAAAGCCGAUAAAAUGCAAAGCAGCCAUAUGCAAGAAAGCAGGAGAAGCAUUGGUGAUAGAAGAGAUCCAAGUUGAUCCACCUCAAGCUUACGAAGUUCGAAUUAAAAUCCUAUGCACUUCUCUAUGUCACAGCGAUGUUACUUUCUGGAAACUAGACAGUGGGCCACUUGCAAAGUUCCCUAGGAUUCUUGGACACGAAGCAGUCGGUGUGGUCGAGAGCAUUGGAGAAUACGUGGACGGAUUGAAACAAGGCGACGUCGUAUUGCCAGUGUUUCACCCUUACUGUGGAGAAUGCAGAGACUGCAAGUCCUCAAAGAGCAACUGGUGCGCAAGAUUUGCCGACGAACACUUAUCGAACACGAGACGAUAUGGAAUGGCUUCUCGAUUCAGAGACUCUUCGGGAGAAGUUAUUCACCAUCUUCUCUAUGUUUCGAGUUUUUCUGAAUAUACCGUUGUUGAUAUCGCACAUCUCGUCAAAAUCUCUCCUGAAAUUCCCGUCGACAAAGCUUCUCUGCUCAGCUGCGGUGUCUCCACAGGUGUCGGAGCAGCUUGGAAAGUGGCUGACGUGGAAGAAGGUUCCACCGUUGCAAUCUUUGGCCUUGGUGCCGUUGGACUUGCGGUUGCAGAAGGAGCGAGGCUACGUGGAGCCAAACAGAUCAUCGGUGUCGAUCUCAAUUCUGAUAAAUUCGAGCUAGGCAGACAAUUUGGCUUAACGGAUUUCGUCAAUCCAACCUUAUGUGGAGAAAAGAAAAUCAGUGAGGUGAUUAGAGAAAUGACAGGAGGAGGAGUUGACUAUAGUUUCGAGUGCGUUGGUUUAGCUUCUUUACUAAGGGAGGCUUUUAUCAGCACCCGCACGGGAUCAGGAAAGACUAUAAUGUUGGGGAUGGAAAAGCAUGCAGCACCAAUUAGUUUGGCCAGUUUUGAUCUUCUCAAAGGAAGAAGUGUUUGCGGAAGCUUGUUUGGUGGUCUCAAAUCUAAAGUGGAUAUUCCGAUUCUUGUGGAUAGCUACCUCAAAAAGGAGCUAAAUCUAGAUAGCUUUAUUACACACGAAUUGAAUUUUGAGGAAAUCAAUAAAGCUUUCGAUUUACUAGAGGAAGGAAAGUCUAUCCGCUGCAUUCUAUGGAUGGAUAAGUAA